AUGGAGCGGCAUCGGCAGCUGUGCCCCGGCGACUGGGGACUGGGAGGCCGUGGCUGCCCGGGUCACAAGGUUCCUCGUGAAGGCAAUCACCGCAGCCCCAGUCCCGGCAGGAGAUGGCUUGGAAGGCAGUCUUCAAUGAUAGCAACAGCUCAUAUAAUGUCCACGGGAGGUAGACGGCCCAUGAGAGGUAGACGUCGGCGUGUCGGUGAGGAAGGGAGCGCAGUUGAUGCUGGCGUCGUUGGGAAGCGCACAGCACCUUGGCAUCGACAGGCUGGACAGGUCGGUAUUUUGGGCAGUAGAAUGCUGAAUGCCAUGACCGCUCCGACCGUUGCCGUAAGCAUCACGCAGAGCAUCUGUGAGCUUGCCGGGCUCGCGGUAGAGGUCAUGGACUGGCCGGUGAUGGAGUCCGUGAACGCAGAUUGA